AUGGCUUUGACUAAAUUUUCUCCUAUUUUCAAGAGAUCCCUCAAGACCAAUCCUAUAAAAUCCUGCAUAAGCUUUUUAACAAAUGGUAAUAUUUAUGAUCUUGCCAUUGUUGGGGGCGGGAUUGUAGGACUAGCUACAGCUCGAGAGAUAAAAAUAAGAUUUCCUCAUCUGAACUUGGUUGUUCUUGAAAAAGAAAAAGACCUCAGUCGACAUCAAUCUGGCCACAAUAGCGGUGUCAUACAUGCUGGUAUUUAUUAUCCACCUGGAUCACUAAAGGCUAAACUCUGCGUCGAAGGCCUUAGGCUAUCAUAUAUAUAUGCAGAUGAGAAAAAAAUUCCCUACAGAAAGUGCGGAAAACUUAUUGUUGCUGUUGAGGAGCAUGAAAUUCCAAAGUUAGAUGAUCUGAUAAGCCGUGCAACAAUAAAUAAAGUACCUGGUAUCCAGAUGGUUUCAGCUGAUGAAAUACCCCAAAUCGAACCUCAUUGCCGAGGUCUUCGGGCAAUUUAUUCUCCAGAAACAGGUAUUAUAGAUUGGAGACAAGUCGCUCUAUCAUAUGCUAAAGAUUUUGAGUCGGCUGGUGGUGUAAUAUACACAGACUUUCAGGCAGAUCAUUUUACAGAAGUGAUGAAUGCCGAUUUUCCUAUUUCCAUACGACGUAAAAUAGAUAAUUCAUCUUCAAAUAUUCCAGAAGUUACUUGUAAAUAUGUCAUUGCAUGUGCUGGGCUGCAGUCGGAUGUCGUUGCCAUGAAAACUGGCUGUUCUAAGCACCCGAAAAUUGUCCCAUUUCGUGGUGACUAUUUACUGUUAAAAGAAGAAAAAUGUCAUUUGAUCAAAGGAAACAUAUAUCCUGUUCCAGAUCCUCGUUUCCCAUUUUUAGGGGUUCAUUUUACCCCAAGAAUCGAUGGCUCUGUUUGGCUUGGGCCUAAUGCUAUUUUGUCGUUUAAGCGAGAGGGCUACGGAAAAUUUGACAUAUCCCCAAAAGACACUUUGGAUUUUUUAUUUUACCCCGGACUACUAAAGAUCGCCUGGCGAUUUUUCGGAAUAGGAAUGAAGGAAAUCUAUAGGAGCAUCUUUCUUUCAAACCAAGUGAAGCUUCUCCAAAAAUAUGUUCCUGAAUUACAAGUAAGUGAUGUUACUCGCGGGCCCUCUGGUGUUCGAGCCCAAGCCCUUAGCCCCCAAGGAAAUCUCGUUGAUGAUUUUGUAUUUGAUCACGGGGACGGCCCAGUAGGAAAGCGUGUUCUCAACGUCCGCAAUGCACCCUCACCAGCGGCCACAUCCUCUUUAUCUAUUGCUAGAAUGAUUGUUGACAGGGCUUCAGAGGAAUAUGGACUCUCUUCUCAAAAAUGA